UGACCAGGAAGAGUUUCUUUCAACCUGUGGGUCUUGCUCCAGCGUGGAAGGGGUGGGGGCCUUUCCUUUCUCCCUCCAUGCUCCCUCCUCCCUUCGUGUUGUACGUGACGACGCGAGGGGAGCGUCGUGGCGGCGGACCCGGCGUACGUCCCGCGUCAUAUCUUCCAACUCAACCGCCGCUUCCUGGCCGGCCCAGGCAGCCGCCUCAGGCCCCGCUCCUCUCUGAACCGUUACCCAAAGACUGUCAUCAUCCACCGGUAAAAAAAAAAAAAUGCAGACAGGGCUCCUCCGCUCGGUCUGCUGCCGUGAUGAGUGAAUGAAGAGGCCGAAACCCGCAGAUCCUCAGCAGAAGUCCCGGGACUCGCUGGUAGCAGUGUCGGGGUCGGAGCGGGGGGCAGCCUGAGGCGUUGCAGCCGUGGUGAUGGUGUUGGACUCAGGUGAAGUCUUCAUGGAUCAGGUUGAGGGUGAAAGCGUCAGGAGGAGCAGGGACCUGUUGGGGCCAGAUGUCCGAGCAGAUCCACCAAAAACCACUAGCAGCUCUGCUGCGACAGCCAGACCGUCGGCCAAGAGAAGCAAUGUGGCCAAGAAGGAGAAGGUGUCCCACAACGGACUUCCAGCCCAGACGAACAGCAGCCAGGUAGAGAGGAGGUCGUCAUCAUUAAAAGGUGGGGCCACCCCCAGACCACCGCUCCGCCGCCCCCUCAGCUUGGAGAUGACGCCCCAGCGCCUGCGAGGGUCUCAGGAGCAGAUGGUGGACAGGCGGAUCGUGCAGCCUCCUUGGCGUAGCGGUUCUGCUGCCCCAUCACCCCCAGCUCGUAGCCUCACCAGCCCCAGCCUUGGGGCAGGAGGCUGGAUGCGCCGCAGUGAAAGCACCUGCUCAGUCAACUACUCCCUGGGGCUACGGGGGGGCAAGGGGCAAAUGCGACCUGCUACCUCCCUGCCACACAUAGCUAAAGGGGUUGGUAGCACGACGCUGCCUACGCCUUCCAGGCCCUGUCUGCUGGUCGCCCUCAGACCUCUUAACCUGGAGCAGGAGAAGGAGGCUUUCUUCCAGUCCGACUACAAGUACGAGCCUCAGUUUGAGUACGCCCAGCCUGAGCCGAGGAGUGUGCUGGAGAAGUACAGGGAGGGCUCAGGCCUCUUCCUCGAACAGGCGGUUGGAAUCAUGGAGUGCGUGCUGAGGAAGUUUAGCUCCUAUGAGAACUUUGAGGAGGUGACGGGGGGCAGCGUGCUCCCUAAGAGUCAGGUCUGGGCUGCUGUACGCAAAUACCUGCAGAAAGAAGGCUGUGUGGGAGAGGUUGUGGUGCGUCUGUCUGACGAGCUGCUGUCUCAGGCGGUGAUGGUGGUGGAGAGCUGUCGUCCCACUCUGACCAUUAACCUGGCCGGGGCUCGGCAGCACUGGCUGGAGGGGAUGCUGAGACACGAGAUAGGCACACAUUACCUGCGAGGCGUCAACAACAACCUGCAGCCGUGGGCCACCACAGAAGGCAGGAAGCAGUUCGGCCUUAAACCGGCCAAUCCCACGGAGGAAGGCCUAGCCAGCCUGCACAGCGUGUUGCUACGGAAACAGCCCUACCUGUGGCGCGCGGCUCUGCUCUACUACACAGUGUACCACGCCACCAGCAUGAGCUUCAGCCAGCUCUUCAGUCACAUCGCACGCUUCGUCCAGGACCCAGACGUCCGCUGGGAGUACUGUCUGAGAGCCAAGAGGGGACAGACGGACACCUCGCAGCCCGGUUGCUUCAGUAAAGAUCAGGUUUAUCUGGACGGGAUCCUGAGGAUUCUUCGCCAUCGACGCUCUAUCGACUUCAAGAUGUUGACUUCUUUAGGCAAGGUGUCUUACGAAGACGUGGAGAGGCUGCGACAUCUGGCGGUGUUCCCCAGGACUAGAAUCCCGCACUUCAUGCGCGACCCGGAGCGGUACCUGCAACAUCUGGAUCACAUCGUCGCCGUCAACGAGCUGGACGACUUGGCGCUGCAGCAUCUGCUGCCCUGACCGCUCCCCCCGUGCCAUCUGGAGCCCAGAAGAAGAAGAAGAAGAAGAAGUGGAGGAUGCUGGUACAUGGGACUGUAUCAUGUGGUGCCCAAAAUCUCACGUCAAAUAUCCAGUAUUACUGAUGCUUUAUUUGAGCAAUUGUUUUUGUAAAACUUGAACAAAAAGGGACAAACACACUAACACCUCUAUCUACAUUAUCACCUUUGUCCAAUGCAUGUCUAUGUGGCUUUUUCACAGAGCCUAGUACAGUUCAAGUGCCCCCCCCCCUCCCCCCUUUGCCUUUACUCCCAUUAUGAAGUUACCUCAAUACUGCAACUCUACGCUAUAACCAACAUUAUAUAUGUAGACUCAUACAUAAUCACUGCACCCGACGCCUGUACAGGGCACUGCUAACACGUCGUGUACAGCUUUCAACAUUCAUAAUCACACGCUUUAUUUAUGCAAGUAUUUAAGUUUUUUACUUUGAGAGAACAGACUGAAUGUCUCUGGUAUUAGCUUUAUACCUUUUUUUUUUUUUUA